CAGGCGGAGAGAUUGAGGGAGAUCUUGACAAGAUUGGGGCCGGCCUUUGUGAAGAUCGGCCAGGCAAUCUCAUCCAGGCCUGAUGUGGCGCCCCCAAGCUACACACAGGAGCUGGAGAAGCUGCAGGAUCAGAUCCCGCCCUUCCCCACAGAGGAGGCCAUGGCAGUCAUGCAGCGGGACAUGGGCCAGUCCCCAUCGUCAGUGUUUUCAUACCUCACCCCACAGCCAGUCGCAGCAGCCUCGCUAGGCCAGGUGUACAGGGGGCAGCUGCGCAGCGGAGGGCGUGAGGUGGCAGUGAAGGUGCAGCGGCCGCUGGUGAGGGAGAGCAUAGCGCUGGACAUCCACAUCCUGCGCAUCCUGGCAGCCUUUGUGCGCAGGUGGCGCCGCCUCAACAGCGACCUGCCGGCGCUGCUGGAUGAGUGGGCAGAGAGUCUGUUCAGGGAGCUGGACUACAGGAAGGAGGCGGCCAAUGGCAUCCGUUUCAAGGAGCUCUAUGGGAAUUUAGAGGGUGUGUAUGUGCCGGACAUGAUACUGGAGCACACAACACAGAGGGUGCUGGUGAUGGAGUGGGUAGAGGGGCGGAGGCUGCGCAGGGCAGGCAAAAAUGGGGAGGGCCCAUCGGCUGCAGAGCUGCAGGAGGACCUGAAAUUGGUAGAAAUUGGAGUGCAGUGCAGCCUGGAGCAGAUCCUGGAGGUUGGCUUUCACCAUGCAGAUCCUCACCCGGGCAAUCUUUUGCGAUUGGAGGGCAACAGGCUUGGGUACAUCGACUUUGGCAUGAUGGGCAACAUCGAAGGACCCAUUCGGAAGGGCCUGAUACGGGCCACUCUGCACAUGGUGAACCGCGAGUUUGGGGCCCUGGCGGAUGAUUUCAUCACACUGGGCCUACUGCCACCCGGCGCUGACAGGUCUGAGGUGGUGCCGGCGCUCACGAAUGUGUUCUCAAAGGCGCUGAAGGACGGGGUCUCCAAUGUGAGCUUCUCCACGCUGAGCGCGGACCUGGGGCAAACCAUGUACGAAUACUCAUUCCGCAUUCCCCCCUACUACACCCUCCUCGUGCGCAGCCUCUCCGUCCUCGAGGGGAUAGCGCUGAGCGCGGACCCGAACUACAAGGUGCUGGGCUCGACGUACCCCUGGAUCGCGCGCCGGCUGCUGAGCGACAGCAGCGCGGAGCUGCAGGAGACGCUGCGCGCUCUCCUCUACAAGGGCUCCCGCUUCCAGUUCGGCCGCCUCGAGUCGCUGCUGCGGCAGGCCGUCCGCUCGCCGCCGCGCUCCACAGAUUGCACAGGCCACUCUGGACUCACAGGUGUGUAUCAAUGUGCUGCAGGCAGCAGGGCGCUGGAACUUCUGCUGGGCUCAGAGGCUGGCUAUGUGAGGGACAUAGUCACGGAGGAGCUGGCCAAGGGGCUGGAUGCUUACUGGCGCCUGUCGGCGGAC